AUGAUUUCAAAAAGCAAUUAUUUUCAAUAAGGAUAAUAAACGAUCAUUAAUAAGCAUAACUGCACUUUCGGGUCAUGCAUAAGUGAACUCAAUAAAAUAAAUAAAAAAUAUUUAAACAAUAUCAAAAAAGGAAAUAAAACUUUUUGCCUUUUGCAGAGUAACUUAUAUGAAAAUGAUUUGUUUUCUCAUUAUAAAGACAAUCCUCUUUUACGCGAACUUUAUGAUAGAAGUAAAGUUAAUAAAUGUAAUCAUCUUUUGCUGGUAGAAGCACUUCUAAAAAACAAUCAAAAGUGCGAAUUAGUUUUUUUUGAUCUGAAUAUGUUUUUGGGAAAUAUUUAAAUUUCUAGAUUACAAAGACCAUUUUUAAAUAAUAUGAGUAUGAUUUCAGAAUUUUUAGAAAAAAAUAUUAUUCCUUAGCUUAAAAAGCUUUAAAUUAGAGAAAUUUUAGCUCUAAAAUAUGCAUUUGCAGGUUAGGAUAAAAACCUAGAUGAGUAUGAAAGUGGAUUCGACAACUAUUUGAAAUAUGUUAUUAAACAAAAUAUAGAUUUACAUUUAUUUAUUUAGUAUGUUUAUGAUAUUUUGAAUAAUAUUUCAGAUGGUGAUUUUAAUUGUAAUUCAGUCUAUAUAUCUAAAGAUGUUUGCUUAUUAGAUCUUGAACCUUUUGUUAAUGUUUGUGCAAUUUCUAUUUAAUUUUUUAAUUAUAGGCUUAGAGAGGAAAAUAAAUAAUACACAAAAAAUAAUCUUCCACGCAUAACUUUCUUAAAUCUUGAUGGCUACGAUCACGGAUAUAUUAAUUAUAAUUGCUUUAAAGAUAAUAUUAAGAAUGUUUAGUACAUAUCAUUAUUUGAUGACAAUAUAGUUUCUUUUGAAGAAUGCAAAGAUAUUUUUGAAGGGCGUAUGGAGAUAGAAAAUGAAAGAAAAUAAUAAUAGAUUAAUAAAGAGACUCAACUUUAAAAUGAAGUUAGACUUUCGGGCUAAAAAGAAAAAAUAAUAUCUUGUCUAGAUACAUUUAGCUAGAUGCCUGAUGAAGAAUAUAAAUAAAAGAAUUUGUAUCAAAAAAACUCAAUAAUGAUACCCUUGUAGAGUUAUCCAUUAGAUAUUUUAACCAAUCAAAAAGAAAGAGAAGAAUAUUAAAUCUCUAGCGGUAAAAUAAGAAAAGUCUUAAAUGACAUAGUGUAUCCUUCAAUUAAAAAUUUUUAACCUGAGUUAGUUAUUGUAACAUAUUCUUUAUCCAUGAAUAAAUAAUCUCAUAAAAAGAAAAGUUAAGGAGAUACAAAUUAUUCUUACAAUAAUUUUAGCUUAAAUGAAUAACUUUUCUCAGAAAUAAUGACUCAUAUUCAAAUUUAUGCUAAUUCAAAAGUAAUUUACUGCCCUCAUAUACUCAAAAAUAUUUUUUAAGUUAGCAGAAAUGACUACAAAUCAAAUAAAAAUUAUAGUUUUGAUGAAAAAUACUAUUUUAACACUAUGUAAUCUUUUGCCUUUAGCGAUGCACAACAGAUAGAAAGCAUGUACCAAUAUUAAUAAAAUAUAUUAGGUGCUUUUUUUUAAGUACAAAGUCUGCAGUUAGUUGAACCGAUUCCAAAAGAUUAUUUUUAUAAUGAUCCUCUUAAAACUCUAACAUAAAUAUAAUUUUAAAAUAGAAUGAACCGAUAUGCUUCGUUUAUCAGUGAUUAACAUAAUUAAAAUAUUAAAUAAUAUAUUGCUAGUAACAUUAAUAUUCAAAAAUAAACAUAGAUUAUGUAGUAAAUUGCUCAUUAUCACAAGUCUGAAAAAUUGAAAGAUUAAUUUUUAUAAAAGUACAGAAAAGAAUAUGAAAAUAAUGAUGAAAUGAAAGAUGAAAAUAAUAAUUAAAUCAUAGAAACACUCGAAGAUAAUAAAAUGUUAAAAUACAAUCAUUUCGUGUAUGAUAGCUUACAAAUAAUCCUUAAAGCAGGAAAUGAAGAAGAGUUGAAAGCACAAAGAUUAUAUUUUGAAGAUAAAGAAGGAUAAAAAUUAUAUUUUACUCAGUAAAGCUAAUACUAUGUUGAUUAUGAAUAAUAGGUUGUUUUCAUAUUUAACAUUAUUUCUGAUAAUUUAUCACCUUAAAAUUACUAUGCUUCCUUCAAGGAAGGUAAUAUAUCUGAAGGCGGAAUCUUAAAAUGUAAUCCCUUACCCUACUUUUUUCCUGAAAAACUUGAAGGAGGAAACUAAAUGAUUGAGUAUUUAUUAGAAUUCAGCAUUUGUAUAUUCCAAAAUUACAUUUUAGUAGUAUAUGGAAAAUAUAUCUACACACAUAAAUCAAAGGUAAUAAGCAUUUAAAGCCUAGUCAACCUCUAAGAAAACUAAUUUAAAAUAUCAGACCAGAUUUUAUAUUUCAAUUUUGAGCUAUUUGAUAAAACUUCAGAAGGUCACAAAAAAGAUAUUUAGUGGUAAGCUUUAAACAUUUAAUCAAACGCAGACAAACAAUUUCCUGAAAGAUUUAUCAAAACUAAUAACUUUGGUCGCUUGUAUCAUGCUUGUAUCAUAACAGAUAAAUCAACCUCUAAAAAACAUAAAAAAUAUGAGCCUAUUCUUUUUGUAUUUGGAGGUAUCAAAUCUUUUGAUAGUUAAUAAUAAUCUAAUGGAUUUUCAUAACUAUUUUGCAAUUCAAUAAUAAGGAUAGCACCUUAAUAUUAUGAAAAAGGUGAAGAGAACAUAGACGAAAUAUUUAAAAAAGAUUGGUAUGUAAGCAUGUUAGAUAAAUCAAAAUGUAUCACAACAAUGAGGCCUUUUUGUAAUUCUCAAGCUAUUGAAAUCAGUAAAAAUAAGAUAUUAUUGAUCGGCGGAACCCAUAACAAGUAUUUAAUACCUCUCUAAAACGAAAAAAUAUUUGCUUACACUUUUAGUAUUACAAAAGAAACAGCCAUAUCUAACGAGAGUAAAAAAGUGUAAAAACAGCUAAAAUCUAAGCAGCUUAAACAAAGCAAAAUAUAAACUGCAAUUCAAAAUGAAAGAGGGUGGUAGUUAAACGAGGUUGAACCUAAAUAAUUCGGUACUCAAUUUACUAAUGCAGCUCUCUCAAGCCAAAAUAAAAAUAUAUUCUUCUAAAAAGAUGGUUAUAAUGUUUAGUAUUUUAUAAUGCUGAACUAAGAGAAGUAUGUGAAUAAAAAAAUUUAUUUAAAGCUUCAAUAAAAUCAUGAUUAGCAGUAAAGUCCUUAUUGCUGCAACAUAUAAAUAAAUACUCUUUAAAAUCCAUAAAACGGUACUGAAUCCAAUAACUUAAGCGCUAAUUCAGAAACAGGCAAAGAAUUACCACAAACCAACAAAACACUUAAAUUAUAACUAAAUCAUAUAGAUGUUUGUAGUUUAUAGCAAAAUAAUAAAAAUAAUUUAAAUUACUUACCCUUGUCUUACUUUUCUAAUAAUCAUCCAAAUUCUUUGAUUAAAGAAAAAGUUAAUUUGAUAUAUUAGAGCAAUACUGAACUAAAAGAAUCAUCUAGAUUUAGUAGAUCACUAGAUACAAAUGUUUCAAAAAUUACCAACUAAUAACAAAAUAACUAAUAACAAAAUGAGAGUUUUCUUAAAAAGAUUUAACUUUAUAGAAGUAGGUCACAAAAUUAGCAAUAAGGUAUUUUCACAAAUAAUAUAUAAUCUUAAAAUUAGCUACCUUAACAGCAAUCAAAUGUUCAAAGCUAUUAAUAAAAUAUUUAAUUAAAUAAUUAAAAUAAUUCAUCAGCUCAUUUGAAUAAUUUAUAAAAUAAUUCAUAAAAUAAUUUGAUUAAUAAAUAAAAUAGUUUUAAUAAUCUAUUAAAUACUUCCAAUAAUCAACUAAAAAAUACAAAUAGUUUUUAAAACACUUUGAAUAAUUAACAACUCCCUUUAUAUAAUUAAUAAAAUAGUUUAAAUAAUUAACAAAAUAAUUUAAAUAAUUUACCAAAUACUUUGAAUAACUAACAAAAUAACUUGAAUUAUUAGCAAAAUAAUUUAAAUAACAUUCCAAAUACUUUGAAUUACUAACAAAAUAAUUUGAAUUAUUAGCAAAAUAAUUUAAAUAAUUUACCAAAUACUUUGAAUAAUUUACAAAAUUAAGUACCAAUCUUAUAAAACCAGUAAAACUAAAUUUCAAUAGAAAAAUUUUAGGCAAAUUAAAGAGGAUUGAUUAUACCUAAUUAACAAUUAAGCUAACCAAUAUAAUAAAAUUUCAAUAAUCAAUUGAUAAGAAUGGAUUAAAAUAAUUAAUAAAGUGGCUAAUAAUUAUUUUAUAUGAAAAAUAAUACUACAUAAAAUUUUCACAGCAUUGAGUAAGCAUAAAAUUUUUAGAGUUUAUAAAAUUUAUAGAUAAAUAAAUAGUAAUCUCUAAAUCAACUUUAACAAACCAAUCAACUAGCACAAAAUGAUUAAAAGUAGAGUGAACCAUAAAUUUAAAAUAUUUAAUAAUAACAACAAUUACUACUACAAUAAAGAUAAAGCUCAAGUGGUUAAAUUUAAUUGCAAAACUAGUAAAAUGCAAGUAAGCAAUUAGCUGGCUUUUAUGAUAAUACAAAUUAAUAAAAUUAUAUAUACGGCCAAAAUAUGCAGUAAAGAGUGAUAAACCCUAUAUAUAAAGAAAAACCUAGAUUUUAAGAACAUCUAUUAAAUGAAUCAAAAAAAUUAUACACCAAAAUUUACCCCGGCUCAAAAAUUGGUCUUUUAAAUAUUGUGAUUGUACAUUUGGAUUUCAAGUAAAGAAAUAAAAUAAUUAAGAUUGAAGGAGGUUCCUUCUAAGACAACUAUAAAUUUCUUCAGUCUUAUUCUGAAAAUAUAGAUUUUUAAAAAUCAAUAUUUUAAUAGCAGAUUUAAGUUUUACAACAAUAGUAAUAACCUUUAAAUUAGUAACCAUAUACCCAAGAGUGUUUGCAAGAAAUACCUAACAAUUCUCCAAAAGAAUAACCUAAAUAAAUAUAAACAGAGAUGAAUACCAUCUAGCAUAAUCCUAGCUUUGGCAUUCCAUAUAUACUCUAGAGUAAUUUUUUUGCUGCACAGGCUCCAGGUGAAAUCUACUACUAGAAUUACCUUUAUUAUAUUUCUAUAGCAGAUAAUAAACCUAUUUACCCUCUUAAAAUAGAUAUAAAAGUGAAUGCAAAAUCUUUUUAAGCUAUACUUGAUAAUGAUUACAUAUCUCCAGAACCAAAUAAAAUUAGAGGAAUUUAUUUAUCAUAAUGUGGAAGUAUUUUUUUCUUACUCUACAAAGAAAAAUAAUCAACAUAUCAUGUGCUUUGUUGUAAAAACACUGCAGAUAUUAUAUCAAAUAAGUGUAUGAUAUUUGAUAAAUACAUCAAAUACAGAACUAAAGCAGAGUUGUAUAAGUAUAUUAAAAACUAGUUAACUAAUCCAGAGUUUGAAAAGUAUGAUAAAAAAAAGCAAGAUGAAGAGAAAAAAAAUCUUUAAAUAUUAAUAGAAAGAUAGAUUUAAGAUUUUGAUAAACUAAAUGAGACUCUUGAUUUUAAUAUUCUGGUAGAUGAUUAGUUUAUAUAUUUUUUAUCCCCUUUAAUCAUCAAGCACCUAAAGAAUAAUCCUCCUCAAAAUUAACUAGAAUUGGAAAGGGUUCAAUCUCAUCACAUAUUUUUAUCAUACAGAUCUUCCUAAAAGGAUUUAGAAGUUAUACCUUAAGAUUUAUAAUGGUUUAAAAAUUAUAAUGAAGAUAACAUUAAAGCUGCUUAAAGUAAGAAGCAUAUUGCUAUGAUCUUAAAUAAAAUCUUUAAAUCAAGUGAUAGAGAAAACGAAUAUUAUUUAAAAUAUAAAAUAUUAAAUAAAAUCAAUAAACAAUUAAAGACACAAGAGAUAGUAGAAUCUUCAGAAUACACUUAUAAAUUUAGGUGCAAUAUAAACAUAGAUUCUAUUAAAAACAUUCAUCAAAUUAUCAGUAAGUCAGAUUAAGAUAAAUUUGAUUUAAUUUUUAUUUUAAUUGAGAAUAUUAAUACAAACUAUAAAAGAUUUUUCACAUUUAAACCAACAAAUUUCCAUGAAAAUGUAUAAAGUUAAAAUGAAAUUGUAAAUGAUAUCAAAAUCGAUCAUUCCUAAAUAUUUAGAGAUUACAUUUUUACGUCACUUUAAUAAGCAAAAGCUGAGGAUUACUAUAUUUUUGAUGAUAUUAAUAAAAGCUUAUGGAAUGCAUACCCAAAAAGCAAUUAAAAUACCACUUAAAGUACAAGCAUGACUUUGGAAUAAAAUAAAAAUAUGACUUUGGAAUAAACGCUUGCUUAAAAGAAUGCAACAAGUAUCCAAAAAAAUAAAGAUUUUCUAAAACUUUAAUAUUAAUAAUCUUUCAAAGAUAUUUUAUGA